CAGAAGGAAACCCUGACUACAACUUCUUCAUCAUCCUCAUCCUCAUCCUCCUCACCGUGAGACAGCAUGCUGCCCGGCUCCGCUCUGCUCCUGCCCCUCAUCCUCUGCUCCGCCGCCUGCUUCGAGCUGCUGCCGGAGGAGGCUGCUCCCCGCCGGGCUCGGUUCUCCGCCAACAGCCCGACUGAUGUGGCCAGAUGUUUGAACGGAGCUGUGGCUGUGGGCUGCGGCUUCUUCUCCUGUCUGGAGAACUCGACCUGUGACACUGACGGGAUGCAUGAGAUCUGUGAACUCUUCCUCCACACAGCUGCUACCUUCAACACAGAGGGGAAAACUUUCGUCAAGAAGAGUCUGCACUGCAUCUCCCAGGGAAUCACAGCCAAGAUUUUCCAAACCAUCCGCCGCUGCAACAUCUUCCAGAGGAUGAUCGCUGAGGUCCAAGAGGAGUGUUACACCAGUCUGGACAUCUGCACCGUGGCCCGCACCAACCCUGACGCCAUCGGAGAGGUGGUGCAGGUGCCGACUCACUUCCCCAACAGAUACUACAGCACGCUGCUGCAGACCCUGCAGGCCUGCGACGAGCAGACGGUGGCGGCGGUGCGGGCCGGUCUCAUCGCCCGGCUGGGCCCCGACAUGGAGACGUUCCUGCAGCUGGUCCAGAACAAACCCUGCGCCGCCGGUUCUGGCUCCGCCUCCUACAACAACCCGUCCAGCUGGAGGAACAUGCCCGUGUUCAACAUCCAGCCCGGCUUCAGGGGCCGGGACCCCACCCACCUGUUCGCCAGGAGAUCUGUGGACGACAGCGAGGGCGGGGUUAACGCCGAGAAGUAGAAAACAAACGUACACUCACAAUCACGCACAGUAACAUGCAAUUAUGUCUUUCAAUGAUUACCUUUGGCAGCCGAGGGCUUUAGAUGGUGAUUCGGGGAAUUAUAAUAAUUAUUACACAUGUUAUUAUUAAUAUUAAUGAAUUAUUAUUAUUAAUAUUUGCUCGGUUCAUCGUCUUGAUGUUCUGACGUGUUUGAAACGAGGCCGAUUACAGUGAAAACCAUUGAUAUUUAUUUUCUUAAGGAGUUAAUUUAUGGAGCUGUUGUAUUUAAUGUAGUGAGGGGGGGGAGGCUGUUGGGGGGGGGGGUGUUCACGCUGGUCGUGGGGCCUCUCUGUGACUCCGGUCAGGGGCCACGGCGCCGGUCUGACGUCACUGUGGAGUGGAAGUUGUGUGAGGCGUUUAAAGAACGGGAGGUUCCUGCGUCUGUGACGUCAGAUCUGACGACUCGGCUCUUUGUGUGAGAAAUAAACGACGUGAAUGAUUCAGUUCGGCUCCUGUGAUUUUAUUCAUGUUGUUGCACCAAACAUUUAAAAUCUGAAUUAUUAGAAACUUAUUGAGAAAAAUCAAAAACAAAUAAUGAAUAAAAUAACAAAUAAACAGAUGAAUUAAUGGACUGUUGAUUAUAACAUGUUGUAAGUGAUAAUCUUCACUUGUCUAUCUCUUUAAUCAAAGACCUCUUACUACCUCUCUCUGGAGCUUUCAACCGUAUGGUCUUCAUCAGCAGAUGGGGGCAGGGGUUAUUACGC